AUGUCCUCGUGCACCGGCAACCCCUCCGACUGCGGCUUCUGCGGCUCCGCCCCCGCCUCGCACGACCACUGCGCAAAGACCGAGGUGACGGGCUGUGCCGCCAACCCCUCCUCGUGCUCCGUGUGCCAGGGCAACGGCUGCCUCGCGACCGAGUGCACCGGCAACGCGGCGACGUGCAAGGCUUGCUCGGCUGGCAACUUCUCGAGCUGCCGCCGCGCCGAGCUCACCGCGACUGAGGGCAUCGACCGCCCUGCCAAGUAA